ACACACACACACACACACACACACACACACACACACACACACACACACACACAUUCUGACGUUUGUAAGGUUGUUUAGAGCAUCUAUAUAAAGCAUAAGUUGCAGUUUGAUUGAAUAUGACAGGUCUAUUAUUAGCGCACAGAGGCUGCAGGUAUUAAAGGGCAGCGGUCAGCGCUGGUUAAGGUGUUGUGACAGAUGACCUUUGCAUUAUGGUUUGAACUUCUGAUGUGAAUUGACAUUUCUUCUACAGUAUUUCCGUACACUUUAAACAUCUGGGUGUUUUUCUCUUCCCAUGUCUGUUAUUUUCAGUGUUUGUGGAUGGCUCACUGAUGGGCAUUUUCUAAAGUUAUCACUCAUUAUUUGCUGAAUAAGGAAAAAGUAAAAAAAAAAAAACAAACAAAAAAAAGUUUUUUAAGGAAAAGAGAGGUUUUGUCCUUUUAAAUCAAGCUCGCGCACGACGCCACCAUGACGCGCAAUGCGGACGCGCGCAUCUCACCACGGGAGCGCGCCGGAGCUGGCAGACGUUCUGCACGAGCUCAUGAGUUUAAUUUCAUAUUUCUGCUCCAGAAUGAACAAUUCCAGCGAGAAUGAACAUAACAGCCCGGAUGAAGAAGUCAGGACUCUGUUCGUCAGCGGUUUGCCGCUGGACAUCAAGCCCAGAGAGCUUUACCUGUUAUUCAGGCCUUUCCAGGGUUAUGAAGGAUCCUUGAUCAGAUUCACCUCUAAACAGCCGGUGGGGUUUGUAAGUUUUGACAGUCGCUCGGAGGCGGAGGCUGCUAAGAUCGCCCUGAACGGAGUUCGCUUUGACCCUGAUAUUCCCCAGACUUUACGACUGGAGUUUGCCAAAGCCAAUACCAAGAUGGCCAAGAACAAACUAGUGGGAAUCCCAAACCCUCCUCCAUCCAGACAAAGUCCUGGACUGCCCUGUGUCAGCCGAGACCCAUAUGAGUUCACUGUGCCUGCGCUGUAUCCCAGCAGUCCUGAUGUGUGGGCAUCGUACCCGCUGUACCCCGCUGAACUGCCACCUGCUGCGUAUGCUUACAGUUCCUCACUGCACGCUCAGAUUCGCUGGCUGCCCUCUGCCGACGCAACCAAUCAGGGCUGGAAGAGCCGGCAGUUCUGUUGACGUAUAUAUCUUGAAAACCGUUUCAUGUUUGUCAGUCUGCAGGUGUGACGCGACACAGACGAGCUCCUGAUCUUUUUCUGUCUUACUCUUCAUCGUCUCUCUUCUGACAGAUACAGCUACAUCAGUCUGAAACUAGAACUGCUGCUGUGAACCAGGACAAUCACGACCUCCACAAGAACAAACCUCGUCUCGCUCUCAUCUCAACCUCUCCUCUUCUCCUCCUCGUCUCACUCUCAUCUCAACCUCUUCUCACUCUCAUCUCGUCCUCGUCUCAUCCUCGUCUCGCUCUCU